GACAUCUUUAGAAGUAGAAGGGAAGAGGUCCUUCAGUCCUGAUGGAGCCCAGAGUGAAGAUGGAGGAGCCAAACCAGACCAGCCCUGAAGAGGGAAGAGAGCCCUGCACAAUGUGGGGCAGGAGAAGGGUUGGGGUCCUGGGCAGAAUGGGUCCGGAUGCCCUGGAGGAGAAGGCCUUCAGCACACACCUUCAGUGCAAAAGCUUCAGGUGCUUCCGCUAUGAGGAGGCCUUGGGUCCCCGAGAGGUGUGCAGCCACCUCCACUCUCUCUGCCGCCUGUGGCUGAAGCCUGAGGAACAUACCAAGGCGGAGAUGCUGGACCUGGUGCUCCUGGAGCAGUUCCUGGCCGUCCUUCCUGCGGAGAUGGAGCGCUGGGUGAGGGAAUGUGGGGCAGAGACCAGUUCCCAGGCCGUGGCUUUGGCUGAAGGAUUCCUCCUGAGUCGGGAAGAAGAGGAGAAGAGGAGAGAGGACCUUCAAGCCCAGGAGGUCCCAUUGGAGACCAGCAAGACGUUCUCUUCUGGAUGGAUCAAGUUGGAGGAGGAGGAGGACACAAGAGCUGCUCCAUCAGGGGAGGAGCCAAGGAUGCUGGGAAGCCGUAAUAGCUCAUCUCUUUGUGAAACAGGAGAAACGGCCUCCAUGGAACAGGAUCAGGUGAUAUUUGAGGAUGUGGCUGUACAUUUCAGUGUGGAGGAGUGGGCCUCAUUGGAUCCAGAUCAACGGGCCCUGCACUGGGAGGUCAUGGAAGAAAAUUAUAGGAUGGUGGCUUCUCUUGGUGGUGAUGGACAAGGGAGUAAAAACAGGGGAGUUCCAAAUAAAAUGUGGCUGAAAACAGGGAGAAGUAAAAAGGUAGAAGAAAGAAGUCCGAGAAUGGAAGCAGAAGGAUAUAACAGGAAGCAGUGCCCUGUCGACACCAGGGAAAUCACAAUUCAAGAGACAAUAGAGGAAAGCAGGGAGAUGGGAAACAGCCCUGUCUAUGAGAAUGGCUUCUUCCAGGAGGCAUCUAGUAUACACCCUGCACCCAAUGAAAAAGACAAAAUUGUGGACAAGCCUUAUAAAUGCCUGGAGCAUGGAAAAUGCUAUACUGAAAAAAAUAGCCUAAGUAAACACCAAAACGCCCACAGGAAAGAGAAGCCAUAUACAUGCUUGACAUGUGGGAAAAGCUUUGUUUCUAAAAGCAAUCUCAUUAGGCAUGAUAGAACUCACACACAUGAGAAGCCAUAUAAAUGCCUGGAGUGUGGAAAAUGUUUCUCUUGGAAACGUCACCUCAAGAGACAUGAAAAAACCCACACACAUGAAAAGGUAUACAAAUGCCUGGAGUGUGGAAAAGGUUUUUAUGAAAAGAUAAGUCUUAUUAGACAUGGAAUGAAUCACAGAGGAGAGAAACCCUAUAAAUGUCUGGAGUGUGGAAAGGGUUUCUGUUGGAAAAAUAGCCUAAAGCUGCACCAAAACACCCACAGAGGGGAGAAACCAUAUAAAUGCCAGGAGUGUGGAAAAUGUUUCUUUCAAAAAGCACACCUUAAAAGCCAUGAAAGAACUCACACACAUGAGAAGCCAUAUAAAUGCCUGGAGUGCGGAAAGGGGUUUUCUGCUAAGAGAAUUCUCAUUGGACAUGAAAUGAUACACAGAGGAGAGAAACCCUAUAAAUGUCUGAAGUGUGCAAAAGAUUUUUAUGAAGAGAUAAGUUUUAUUAGACAUGAAAUGAAUCACAGAGGAGAGAAACCCUAUAAAUGUCUGGAGUGUGGGAAGGGUUUCUGUUGGAAAAAUGGCCUAAAGCUGCACCAAAACACCCACACGGGAGAGAAACGAUAUAAAUGCCAGGAGUGUGGGAAAUGUUUCUUUCAAAAAGCACACCUCAAAAGCCAUGAAAGAACUCACACACAUGAGAAGCCAUUUAAAUGCCAGGAGUGCGGAAAGGGUUUUUCUGCUAAGAGAAUUCUCAUUGGACAUGAAAUGAAACACAGAGGAGAGAAACCCUAUAAAUGCCUGGAGUGUGGGAAGAGUUUCACUUUGAGAAGUAGCCUAAAGCAGCACCAAAACUCCCACAUGGGAGAGAAGCCAUAUAAAUGCCUGGAGUGUGGAAAAUGCUUCCCUCAGAUAGAAGUCCUCACUGCACAUCAAAAAACCCACAAGGGAGAGAAUCCAUAUAAAUGCAUGAAGUGUGGAAGAUGUUUCUUUCUGAAAGGAAACCUCAAGAGACAUGAAAUCGUCCACACAGGAGAGAAGCCCUAUAAAUGCCUGGAGUGUGGAAAAGGUUAUUCAGAAAAGAGAGCUCUUAUAGGACAUGAAAUGAAUCACCGAGGAGAGAAACCCUAUAAAUGCCUGGAGUGCGGGAAGAGUUACAGCCUUAAAGCUGUCCUUGCAGGUCACCAGAACAGUCACAAAAGAGAGAGUGGGAAGAGUUUGAGCUACAAAUCAGACCUCAAAAAUGCCCAGAAUAGUCAUAGAGAAGACAAAGCCAAAGACAUGUCUGGAGUGAGAGAAGAGCUUCCAUUGGAGAGAAAAUCUCAAGGCUCAAUCAUAAAUCCACAAGGGAAAGAAGUCAAAAAGCCUGGAAUCUGAUAAGAGUUUCAUAGAAUCAUAGAAUAGUAGAAUUGGAAGAGACCUCAUGGGCCAUCCAGUCCAACCCCCUGCCAAGAAGCAGGAAAUCGCAUUCAAAGCACCCCCGACAGAUGGCCAUCCAGCCUCUUAAAGAGGCUGCAAAUACUUAAAGAUCACUGAAAUGUUUAUACAAAGAGAAAUUAAUACAUACAGUAGAGUCUCACUUAUCCAACACUCGCUUAUCCAACGUUCUGGAUUAUCCAACGCAUUUUUGUAGUCAAUGUUUUCAAUACAUCGUGAUAUUUUGGUGCUAAAUUCGUAAAUACAGUAAUUACUACAUAGCAUUACUGUGUAUUGAACUACGUUUUCUGUCAAAUUUGUUGUAUAACAUGAUGUUUUGGUGCUUAAUUUGUAAAAUCAUAACUUAAUUUGAUGUUUAAUAGGUUUUUCCUUAAUGCUUCCUUAUUAUCCAACAUAUUCACUUAUUCAACAUUCUGCCGGCCCGUUUAUGUUGGAUAAGUGAGACUCUACUGUAUUCCUGCAUUUUGGAAAGAGUUGAGUUCCACAACAAGUUUUCACGAUGUAGUUAAAAAAACCCAUAUAGGAAAGAAGCCAUGGAGAUGCCUAGAGUGUGGUCAAGCCUUCAUUCAGGAGAAAAUCCCCUUGAGCAUGAAACAAAUCUCAGAAGAGAGAAGUCUCUAAAUGCUUAGAGGGUGGAAAGAGCUGUAUCCUCAAAUCAGGUCUCAAAACUCCAGGAGGGAAAUCAUACACGUGCCAAAAGUAUAGGAAAAGCUUGAUCCUCAAUAGGCACCAGAAUACUCACACAAUGAAGGAUACUCACGUGGACAGAAAACUGCUCUAGCCUUUGUACUGAUUCCCUCUUAUCUAGACUGAUGGUUGAUGGAAGUCAUCUUGGAUCUUUUCUUGGCACACUUUAAGGGAGAACCUGGCAGGUUAAGCUCAGUACUGGCCUUGUGGUUGAGAUGAUGUGGUAUACACACUGGUUUCCUUUUUUCCAGAUUUUUUUGUGCUUGUUUUAGAAAGUUCUCUGAAAUGUACUCCAUUUCUUCUGUUUGUUUGCAAAUGCAGAAAUAAAGACAGCU